AUGAAGACAUGGCGUGGCCUUAGUCAACGCGCCCUCUGGGCAAACCAAUCUGUUCGCUGGUCAUCAACGACACAGAAACCAGCCAACAUUGCAUCGCUACUGAAAUCUUCUGCCGAGAAUAUUGAGGAGACCACGCCAGAAAUCGAGGUCAAUGGCUAUGUACGAACCAUCAGAAAACAGAAGCGGAUAGCCUUUGCUGCGGUUGGAGAUGGUUCGUCCUUGCAACCCGUUCAAGCUGUCUUGACGCCGGAUCAAGCUUUGUCUCUAUCUACUGGAGAUGCAAUCAGACUUCGUGGUAAAUGGCAAAAGUGCCCUCCAGGUAAAGCCCAAACACAUGAGCUGCAAGUGUCAGAAGCCACAAAGUUGGGCUACAAUGACCCUAGCACAAACCCAAUCCAAAAGAAAUACCAAAGUCCGGAGUUUCUGAGGACCUUGCCACAUCUUCGAUCUCGACUUCCUUUCAAUGCACUCGUACUACACCUCAGAUCACAGGUAAUUGGCAGCAUCACAAACUUCUUCAACAAGGAAGGCUUCGUACAGACGCAUCCGCCAAUCUUGACAUCCUCGGAUUGUGAAGGUGCAGGCGAGGUAUUCACAGUAUCCUCCAAUGCUUCCAAAGACAGCACACAAAAGUCGGACGAUGGUGAGGUCGAGCACUUCUUCCGCACACCAAAGUACCUCACGGUAUCAUCGCAAUUGCAUCUCGAAGCCCUGGCACAAUCUGUUGGAAACGUAUGGACUCUUUCACCGACCUUUAGAGCAGAGAAGAGUGACACACCUCGUCAUCUCAGCGAAUUUUAUAUGCUAGAGGGCGAGAUGUGUUUUGUGGAUGACGCCAACCAAGUUAUGGAUUUGAUUGAGAAUAUGCUGUCGACCAUGGCGACAGAAUUGCAAGGAUCACAUACAGUACAGCAGAUUCUACAGGCCAAAGCAAAUCAAACAUCAGAAGAGGCGGCGGAAGAAGGCGCUGUCACUGCAGAAGAGCUCUCCCGUCGCUGGCAAGGUAUGGCACAGUCGAACUGGCCUAGAAUUCAAUACGCCAAAGCCAUCGAAACGCUACAGGAAGCCGUCAAGCAAGGCACAGUCUUCCAAUUCACCCCAUCUUGGGAGGAAGGGUUUCAAGCUGAGCAUGAACGCUUCCUAGCAGAGCACUUUGGCAAAGGCCAACCUGUCUUCAUCACCGACUACCCCAUCGAGCAAAAGCCCUUCUACAUGUCAAAAACACCUGGUAGUGAUCGUACAGUGGCUUGCUUCGACCUCUUGGUCCCCGAUCUCUGUGAAUUGAUUGGCGGUUCAAUGCGCGAGCAUGAUCUAUCUGCAAUUCAAAAGGCCAUGCAACAGCGCGGUAUGCUGCGUGAGUUGACGCCAGAACAGCAAGCAGCUGGUGAAAGCGAGAUCCCCGAGCACAAGCUGUUUGAGGGCAAACAUGCAGGAGCACUCGACUGGUACCUGGAUCUCAGACGCUAUGGCAGUGUCCCUCACGGAGGAUUUGGUUUGGGCUUUGAUAGAUUGUUGUGCUACCUGGCUGGUGUGGGCAGUAUCAGAGAUGUGGUUGCUUUCCCACGCUGCUAUGAGGGCCUGCCGCCAAACUUCAGUCUGGCGGCCAACAUGGCAGCCGGUGCUUUCGCUGGUGUCGCCGAACACUCGGUCAUGUACCCCAUUGACUUGUUGAAGACCCUCAGANCACGAAUGCAAGUCAUGAGCCCGACGCCUGCGGCCAUCUACACCGGUCUUGGGAAUGCGAUCGCUACCAUCUCACGAGCCGAGGGUUAUCUGUCGUUAUGGAGAGGCUUGUCGAGUGUGAUUGUCGGCGCUGGACCUGCGCACGCCGUCUAUUUCGCUACAUACGAGGUUGUCAAGCAGCAGAUGGGUGGAAACGCAGCAGGCCACCACCCUCUCGCAGCAGGUGAGAUUCUGUCAUUUUGCUGCUCUGCUUGGUUGGGUGCUGACAAGAUGUAUANNGCAACCAGCGGUGCCUGCGCAACAAUUGCCAGCGACGCCUUCAUGAACCCCUUUGACGUCAUUAAGCAGCGCAUGCAAGUCCACGGAAGUGUCUACACAUCAAUCACCCAAUGCGCACGCUCCGUCUUCCGCAACGAGGGUCUCCGCGCCUUCUACGUUUCAUACCCCACCACUCUCGCCAUGACCGUUCCCUUUACCGCUCUCCAAUUCACCGCAUACGAGUCUAUCACAAAAUUCAUGCACCGCCGCCCUGGCUACGACCCUCUGACCCACUGCACUGCUGGUGGUCUUGCCGGUGGUAUCGCUGCCGCCGCUACCACUCCUCUCGAUGUUAUCAAGACUUUGUUGCAAACCAGAGGUAGCUCCACUGAUGCUGAGAUCAGAAAUGCCAGGGGUCUGUUCGACGCUGCUGGCAUCAUCGCAAGAAGAGAUGGCGCAAAGGGUUUCUUCAGGGGUAUGAAGGCUAGAGUUGUCACUGCUGCACCUAGCACUGCUAUCUGCUGGUCUGCCUACGAGGUCGCCAAGGCAUACUUCAUUCGCGCCGAGGAAGCCAAAUGA